AUGAGCACACGCGUCACUAGAGCCGAAGCACGCAGGAGGAUGGCGGCCCUCCAGGAACCUCGCCCGGGGCAAGGAUGGUCGGAGACCCGGCCUACCCGAGCUCCGCGGCGGGCCCUGAAGCGGACCCGAGACGAGGACUCCGCACCGGAACCAGUGGUGAGCUCCGACAGCGACGUGGAGGUGAUCGGCGAUCCCGCCGUCGAGGAAAGAAAAUACGCGGCCGAGGAUCCCAGUCCGAGGGAAGAGGACGAGGACGAACCACGCGCGCCAUCCCCUCCGCGGUGGUUACCCGAGGUGCCACCCACUCCCCGCUACGAGGGAGAGUGGCUCACGGACGGCGCUCGAGACGGCGACGAUGGAGCACCGUUGGCCACGCCGCCGUGGAGGCCGGCCCGGCCACCCACGCCGCGUUACACGGAGCCACGACGCCCGGAGGAGCAGACACAGAGCGAGGAGUCGACCGCGCAGCCGAUGCCGCAACCGCAGGAGGAGGACAUCCACCAGGCAAGGGCGGAGGAGCCGUCGGUAGUGCGGACGGAGGUGCCAGCCGCGCACGUGAGCCACAGCACACGGGCGUUCGAGGCCGAGGGCAUGCGGUGGCGGCAGCAGACGGUGACGUGGACGUGGCCCGAGGGGCCCGCGACAGGACCUGCGAAGGAGCCGACAGGAUGCGUGGGUCCCGCCGACACCAAGUACGGGCCCGCCAACACCGGCGACGACGGCAGCGACGGGGGAGGCGGAGUCGCCGGAGAAAGGACCGUGGGUGUGGCCCGAGCCACCGGCCAUCCAAAGACCGACGUUGCAGCGGCAAGACUCGGACCCCGGAUCGACGCGCCCGCGGCCGCAGUUCAUGCGGCAAGUUUCGGCCCCGGAGGAAGGCGGUUGGCGCGAGGUCGCCAGGAGCGAGUGGCCGGUGGGUAUCGAGGAAGCACCCGCGGUCGCGACGGCACGGCGGAAGGGCGGCAGGCGGUGCGUCCUGGUCUGCGAAGGCGGGAGGAGGUACCGGAAGCCGUUAACCAGUUAGCCCAGACCCAGGUCCAGGUACAGAUCGAAAUGCCCAAGGAAGACGCGGAGCCAUCAGAUGGUGGCGUUCCAGUGGUCGCCAAGGAAAGCGAUGUGCCUCCCGCGGAAAAUGAGAUCCACAAGCGCCAGCAGCGCCCCGAACACGCCGAGGAGGCGAAACUGCUGGAGCAGUGUACAACACGAUGUUCAGCAGUGGUGUUGAAAUUGGUGGAGCUGCAGCUGGAAUCGCCACUGGAACAGCAGCUGGAGGACGAUCUGUGCAAGGUGUGGGGCUUGUCGGUGUCCCCCGAGGUGGUCACUCUGUUGUUGGAAAACGAGGCCAUCGAUACGAUCAUGUAA